AUCAACUAUGUGAUGGUAAAUUAGUUUUUAGGGUGCAAGGACAGAAUGGAGAAUUUAAAGAUAAGUGGAUGGUAGUGAAGUUCACACAAAAAUAUUGCAAAGAGGCCCACAAAUUCUGUGAAAAAAAAGAAAUUGCACCUGAACUUUUUGCACUUAAUGAUCUUUCUGGAAGUUGGAAAAUGGUUGUCAUGGAGUACCUUUCUGAUGAUGAGUACAUUAAUCUUUACAGUCUUCUAAAAGAAAAAAGGGAUAAUCAGGAAGAUUUACAACAAAAAACAAUAAAUGUUGCAAAACUCUUACAUUCUGGGGAUUAUGUGCAUGGUGAUCUUCAAGCAUCCAACAUCAUGGUUUCAACUGAUAUGAAGCAUAUAAAGAUUAUUGACUUUGAUUGGAGUGGAAAGGUAGAUCAUGCUGUUUAUCCACAUUUUGUUAAUAAAUGCUUACCUUGGCAUCCAGACGUUGACUGUGAAAAACCAAUUGCUAAAGAACAUGAUUUACAUCUUUUAAAGAAGUCUAUAGAAA